UUGUAUUUGAAGAUACCUAAUCGUUGCCUGUCUCAUGGCCGUAUGCCAUAUUCCAACAGGCAAUAUAGCAGUUACGACCCAGUGCCGUAAAGUGUCAUUGUGUUUUGGUGUGCAAUGCCUCCUCCUAACCCAACUUUGAUGACAAAAUUCUUGUUAGCUCGCAGUUGUUGUCCGCGCAUUAUUGGACAUGGUAAUCUGCCAACAAAGCCGCCAUGCAGGCAGUGAUUGGUGACUCAGUGUCCCGAUGAUCAGCGACUGUAACUUCAUCGUGCAGGCGGCUCGCCGGGGGGAGUUCCGCAGCUGUGCGUGUCUCAUUUGCUCCAGGGACAUUCCGUGCUGCCGUCUUGUGCCAGUGACGAAGCUGCCAUGGAGGCGAAGAAUAGUAACUUUGUCACUUGAUGAUUUGUGACGCUAGCUAGCUGGCUACCCUAAUCACAGUGCAGAGCCGCUGAGGUGGUUGCGCGACACCGUCUUUUGCUGCGCUGCCAUUUUGGCGGGGCCUGUUGAUGGGUGGUUGUGACAUCAGCAAAGAUGAAAGGACAAAGGAACAUUUCAGCUGGCUCAAGUUAGUCAAUUUGACUGAGCACAUCACUGAAGAUCUUCGUACUGACCAGCAGGAGCCAGAGCCCCUUCACAUUAAAGAGGAAGUGGAGGACGAAGAGGUCCACCAUAUCAAAGAGGAAGAGGAGCCCAUUUCGAUUCAAAAAGAGGAGCGAAAACUGCGUCCCCACAUCAGUCAGGAAGAGGAGGAGGAUAUCACCAAGUUUCCAUCGACUGGUGUUCCUUUAAAGAGUGAAGACAAAGUUAAAAGUGAGGAGAGCACAGGGGUGGAGCCUCCAACCAGCAGCUCAAGUCAACUCAUGACAAUAGACGGUGGUGGAGACCACUGUGGAGAAUCACAAGCAGACGGCCUCUUAGCGCCGCUGUCAGACAGUGACGACCUGACGUCACACUCUGAUGAUGGACAGUCUGAAGUUGAUAUGACAUUUAAGACUGACAACAAACAAUGGAAAUGUUCUCAGUGUGGGAAAACACUUGCUAAUCAGAGUACUUUGAAACAACACAUGAGAACACACAGCGGUGAGAAACCUUUUGUCUGCUUACAUUGUGGCCAAAGAUUCUCUCAGAAGGAACACUUAAAAGGACACACAAGAACCCACACUGGUGAGAAACCUUUUUCCUGCACUGUUUGUGGUCAAAGAUUUUCUGUGAAGGGAUACUUAAAAAUACACACAAGAAUGCACACUGGUGAGAAACCUUUUGUCUGCUUACAUUGUGGCCAAAGAUUCUCUCAGAAGGAACACUUAAAAGGACACACAAGAACCCACACUGGUGAGAAACCUUUUGGCUGCUCGGUUUGUGGUCAAAGAUUCACUCUGAAGGGACAUUUAAAAAUACACUCAAGAACCCACACUGGUGAGAAACCUUUUUCCUGCUCAGUUUGUGGUCAAAGGUUCUCUGAACAGGGAAGUUUAAAAAAACACACAAGAACGCACACUGGUGAGAAACCUUUUUCCUGCUCAGUUUGUGGUCAACGAUUCACUCAGAAGGGAAACUUAAACACGCACACAAGAAUACACACUGGGGAGAAACCUUUUUCCUGCACCGUUUGUUGUCAAAGAUUUUCUGUUAAGGCAAACCUAAAAAUACACACAAGAACGCACGCUGGUGAGAAAUCCUUUUCCUGAUCAGUUUGUGAUCAAAGGUUCCCUCAACAGGGGAGUUUAUAAAUACACACAAGAACGUACACUGGUGAGAAACCUUUUUCCUGCACCGUUUGUGGUCAAAUGUUCUCUUAUACAUAUCAGGCUAAGACACACAAGUGUGCGGGUGAGAAGAGCAGUGAUCAAGAAAAUGUUUAAUGGAAAUGUAAAUGUUUAAUCGAAAAACUAAUUACCUGAUUUACAAAAAUCUACAGUCUUGUAUUCUGUCUACCAGAUUUGAUUGUAUUCUUCUUGAAAAUAUAUUUUCUCAAAGACCCGCGAGUGUGAAGAAUUAACAUUGGUGCCAAAAUGCUUUAAAGGGACGAGUUGAAAGUGAGAACAUGGGCACUUAUGCAAUCUUGCUGGACUCAAAAAAUGUCUACCGAAGAAAAGCGCUCCAAAACACACUCAGUAGUCAUUUUAGAGUCAUUUACUGAUGAAAUAUUAAAUUUUCAGCUAGAUUUUGGCCUCCCCACAUUUUGAACAUGUCAGCCUGUUACAGUGUAUUUGUGAUCCUUAAUAAAAUACACUCCUUUAAA